CGGAGGGAGUAUACAUCUAGCAUCAUAUCGUCCUAGCUAGCUCAGCACCCGGAGCUCAAGCAGUUGGCCCUUCAACUAUGUCCCGCUUCCUGCCAUACAUGCAUUUUGGUCCUAGUAAUCAACUACAGGCCGCUAGCCAUGUGAUGCAGCCGAGAGAAAUCGCCCGGCUGCUGCUGGGCUUUUGGAGCGAAUGGGCAACCCAGAUCCUUGUAGUCCUCAGCCUCAUCCAGCAGUUCUUCCCGCUCUUCUUCUCCGGCAUCCGGCGGCGCCAAGGCAGAAACAAACGGAGGGCUGUCCUCUGGCUGGCGUACAAGUUCGCCAACAUCACCGCGACGUACGCCCUCGGCAGGCUCUCCCUCAGCGCCGCGCAGCGCAGCCACCGGCUCGUCCCCUUCUGGGCUCCCUUCUUGCUGCUGCAUCUCGCUGGUCCGGACAACAUCACUGCCUACUCGCUCGAGGACAGCAAGAUCGCAGGGCGCCAUGCCCUGACUCUCUUUGUGCAGGGCCUAGGUGCUGUGUUUGUCCUCGUCAAGCAUGUCGGUAGCAGCAGGACCUUGCUGUUGCCGGGUGCCAUCAUGGUCACCACCGUGGCCGUGUUCAAGAUGUUUGAGAAGACUUGGGCUCUCUGGAUCGCCAACUUUAAGGUCAUCCUGUCGUCGGUGGAACGAGAAGACGGUGAGGAGGAACCGCGGCAAUUGUACCGGGUUUACCUUGAGGAAGACGAACUACCUCGGGGGGGAUUCAAGGGGAAGGAAGUCGACGAGGAGGAAUUCCUCAUGCGGCGUGCCCACGCCGUGUUCCUCGUCUGCAAGUCUGCCAUGGUUGACUCUUCAAUGUAUGAUCCAGAUAGAUACUUUCUCAGAAUACUUGCGUACCUUAGGGAGAACAGGGUGGAUUUGUGGACGCUGAUGGAGAUGGAGCUCUCCCUCAUGUAUGACAUUCUCUACACCAAGGCAGCCGUCAUCCACACCUGGACCGGCUACUGCAUCCGCAUCGUCUCAUCGCUCACCGUGGCUGCCUCCUUCCUGCUGUUCCAAUUAUAUGGUAAGGAGGGGCAAAGUAGCAGAGCUGACAUUACCAUCACCUAUGUUUUACUGAGUUCUUCCUUGCUCAUGGAGAUGGCAUCACUUUUGAGCGCGCUCUGGUCCACCUGGACGUUCUCCUUCCUAUGUGCAACGCGGUGGACCAGCCUUCGACAUGCAGCCUUGUGCUCUAAGAAGUGGCACUGCCUUCGCAAUAUGGUCCUCUCCUUUCGCCGGCUUGCCUGUAGCACAGGGAUUUGGAGUUACUUGAGCUUGUCAAGGAGGUGGUCAGGUACCCUGGGGCAAUACAACAUGUUGGAUGCCUGCACUGCCAGGCCUCCUCUACUUGGCAAACUGGUAGUGAGGCUAGUCUUCAGCAGACUGUCCAAGAAGCUAGGCUUCAGCAGAUUGGCAGAGAUGUUGGGCUUCGGAAGACUGGCAGAAGAAUUGAGCUACAACGUGGUGACAGCUGACAUUCCAAAGGGACUCAAGGACAUGGUAAUUGAGUAUAUAAAAUUCAUGAUCAAGGACAGGACCGUGAAUACACUAGGAAUUUUUAGGGAGCAAUGGGGAAAGGUGGCAAUAAAGCGUUGGUUGGAGGAUAAACAAGUUGAUGACGAGUACAAGGAAUACCUCGAGAAGAGGCUUGGUGCUGAGCUCCACGAGGGUAUUAUCGUCUGGCACAUCGCCACUGACAUCUUUAUUGCUCAGCGCAAGGCCGACGAUCAAGAUGCUGUGAAGGAAGCUGUCAAAGCAUUAUCAAACUACAUGAUGUUCCUCCUUGUCAAACAACCAGACAUGCUACCUGGCCUUGCUCAAAACAAGAUGUACCAAUGGACCAAAGAAAGUCUGGCCAAAGAGUGGGAGGAAGCUGGUGUACCCGCAUAUGUUUCUGGGCUCCAUCCAAGUCAGAAACUUGCCAACAUGCUACAUGACAAGGAGGUCACACAAGAUCUGAUAUCUAACCGUUUAUUUUUCGCCACCCAGCUAGCAAAACGACUGCUUGAAAGAGAUGACACGAUGAAGCUGGUCUAUGGGAUCUGGGUAGAUUUUCUUAUAUAUGCGUCCAACCGAUGCAGCAGGGAGUCCCAUGCCAAGAGGCUCAACAACGAUGGUGAGUUUACAACCAUCGUAUGGCUUACAGCAGAGCACCUUUACCAACUUCAAAUCUAUGAUGCACAGGAAAAGCAUCAUUAAUUCUAUCACUCGUUUCAUCUGCAGUGACAACAUAUGUGAAUAUUUACAUCGAUCAUGUUUGUUAUUUUUUAUAUUUUCCAAUUCAACUAACCUACAUGCUAGGUUAACUUCUAUACUUUUCUGUGUUUUAAUUGUACUUUUGAUCAAUUUCUUUACCAUUUAACCAUCUCUUUAUCUGUAGAAGACAAUAGUAUUAUCUAUUAUUGAAAAUUGGCCCAUAUGUGGGGCCACCGGCUCA